UUGCCAGGGCAGCGCGUGCAGGCGUCCGGAAGAGGCGCGGAAGCCGUGGUGGUGCUGAAAGGGAGAAGCAGAGAGAGAGAGCUUGGUGAGAUGGCAGAGGACGAAGGCUCCCAGGACACCUUGCGGCUACAGUUCAAGGCCAUGCAGGAGAUGCAGCACCAACGGCUACAGAAGCAGAUGGAGAAAAGGAAGGAAAAGGAACUGAGCCGCCAAAGCAGAGCCGACGAGCAAAAAGAGCCCUUGGAGAUCUCCGAAGGCCUCGGUCUCCUCCACACAGGAGAACAGAACUCAAAAAAUAGCUUUGAGCAAGGGGUGCUUGAAGAUGAGAUUAACCAGCUUCGAGAUGAGCUCAGGGAAACCGUCGAUGAGAACGGGCGACUGUAUAAGCUGCUGAAAGAAAGGGACUUUGAAAUCAAACACCUGAAAAAGAAAAUAGAAGAGGACAGAUAUGUCUUCACAGGGACAACUGGCAUGGCUGGAGAUGUAAUUGCCACCAAAAUUGUCGAGCUGUCCAAAAAGAACCGGCUGCUGAUGGCAGAGUCGGAGGGCGCGAAGACCAGGGUGAAGCAGCUGACCAGUCGCAUCCAGGAGCUGGAGCGGGAACUGCAGAUGGCACUGGCCAGGCUGCCCGCCAAGGGGGCCACCGACACAGGAGCCAAGCCACCGCGGGCCCAGAUGGGAGACAAAGCCUUGCUGGAGACCCCGGAGGUGAGAGCCCUGCAGGACAGGCUGGCGGCCACGAACCUGAAGAUGAGUGACCUGCGCAACCAGAUCCAGGCCGCGAAGCAGGAGCUCCGGAUAGCCCAGAAGGUCUUGGCCAGCGAGGUUGGGGAAGACGUGAAUGUACAGCAGCUCCUGUCCUCGCCAGGCACCUGGAGGGGUCGGGCGCAGCAGAUUCUCGUGUUGCAGAGCAAGGUUCGAGAGCUGGAGAAGCAGCUGGGCCAGACGCGGAGCCGGUCGGCGGGGACCACCAGUGAUGAGCCGUCUGCCUGCUCUGAUCCAAGGAAGCUGUCGGCGCAGGAGAAAAACCUGCUGAGGAUCCGCAACCUGGAAAGAGACAAACAGGAGAGCUGGGAGAAACUUGCUAAUGAACGGAACAUGCUGCAGAGAGACGUGGAAGAGCUGAGAAAGAAGUUUGAGGGCGUGAGUUCUCGGAACAAGGUGCUGUCGAGCGAGGUGAAGACCCUGCGCAGCCAGCUGGGGACGCUGGCAGAGAAGGGCAGGCACGACGACGAGCUCAUCGAUGCCCUGUUGAACCAGCUCAAGCAGCUGCAGGAGGUUCUGGGCAACCUGAGUCUGCAGGAGGAAAAGACACGAGCGUCACAGCACAACCGGGACCAGAAGCUCAACAGCGAGGCGCAGCGGAGCAGCAGCCUCGUGGCCCAGCUGCGGGCCAUGGUGGCUGAGCGGGAGGCCAAGGUGCGCCAGCUGGAGCUGGAGAUCGGGCAGCUCAGCGUGCAGUAUCUUCGGAAUAAAGAAGUGGGCAAGGAGUCCCAUGGGCCGGAGGUCAGCGCCGCCAACCCCAAGCUCCUGGAGGACCCAGGCCUGACCAAGUCCCCGGCCUCCGCAGGCGAUCACUUCGGCAGGCUUGGAUCUUCCCGCUCCGUGACCAGCCUAGGCCACAUGCUGGUGGAAUCUUCUCUCACAAGGCCAUCCCUACCCAGUCCCCAUGGGCCUUCAUCCAGGUUCUCGGACUCUCCAGAGCAAAAAGGCUGGCAGGCACAAGUGACAGAGAUCAAGGCCCUGUGGCAGGCUGCAGAGGUAGAGCGUGACCGGCUCACCGAGUUUGUCAACGUCCUGCAGAAACGGGUGGAAGAGAGCAACAGCAAGCUCCUGGAGUCUGAGAGGAAGCUGCAGGGGGAGCGGCUGCGCACUGUGCUGCUGGAGCAACAUCUGGAGAAGCUGCGCCUGGAGCCAGGGAGGGCGGUCCCCAAGGGCAGGACAGGUCGGCCAACCUCCAGCACCAGGCAAAACUCGACAGGAAGCGAGAAGAAGGACCCACCCUUGGCCCAGCUCUCCCAGGCUGGCCAUCCAGGAGGAGGAGAACGAAAUGCUGAAGGCUGCCCUGGGCAGUGCCCUGCGGGGAAAGGAGGAGGACUUCCGCAUGUACCACGAGACCCUGGGCCAGGUGAAAGGGGUCUUCUUGCAGGCCCUGCGGCAGCAGAAGGUGGACAAGCACUAGGCUGGCGGCCCAUCGUCAGCCCAGCCGAGCAAGACGGGCUCAGUGUCCCUGCCAGGACGCCAACCCCAGGCGCCUAGCUUAGCCACUUCUCCCAGAAGGUGGACAAGCACUAGGCUGGUGGCCCAGCAUCAGCCCAGCUGACCAGGACGAGGCUCAGUGUAAGGGCUCCAUCCACGCCAGGAAGCCAGCCCUGGGCACCCAGCUCAGCCACUUCUCCCAGAAGGGUCCUGGGUCCUGGGUCCCCCCUAGGCCCACAUGACUCCACCCAUGUAGGAGAGCCUUCAUUGCGCCAGGCUGGGCGCAGGCCCCAGGCCACCCAGCCCAACUGUCCCCCUCACCAGUGCAUACUCCACACCUGCCCCAGCUAAGCCCGUGGCCAUGCCCAGCCUCACAGACUGAGUGUCAAGCCCUCUGCCACCUGGCCGGCCUGCUCCUUGGGUGCAGACCUUGGACUUGUAAUAAUUCCCGUUUCUGCCCUCAGCGCAGCUCCCGGUGAGUGAGUGUCUGCUGUGGAAGCCUGGCCGUGUCUAGUGCGCUCCUAACCCAGGGGGCUGCCACCCUGCUCUGGGAGCAGUGGAGCACAUCACUCGGGACAGUCAUGCUGGCCCCACUGCAGGACAUCUGCUGCAUGAGGCAUUGCCUAUCCCCAAGGGGCUGUGGCUGGUGGGUGCUGGUGGCAGAGGGCAGAGGUGGCGCUGGGCUGAAGCUUUGGGCAGGGGUUCCAGGUGCUCCCUCGUAUGGCAGUGUUUCAGUGUUCCUCCCUCGCAUGGUAGGCUGGGAGGGCUGCUAUUGGGAGUUCCCAGUCCUCUCGGUGACUGUUCAGUCCCCCCCCAACCCUGUGGCUGCAGUGCCGGUCAGGGGUACCCCCAAGGACGAUCACCCAUAGCCACCCACCCUGGCCCCACAGGUGCACACACAGGCCCCCGUGGAGAUGCAGCCACACACAAGCACCUCAGUUCAGGAGCGAGCAACUGUGCCUGUGCACUCGCAUCACCUCCACACAGGUGCACACAGCAGACACGAGUAUGCUCAGUUAUGGGUGUGGGCACACACUGCCACGCAUGGACACACACACAUGCGGGUGCACACAGCAGACACGAGUAUGCUCAGUUAUGGGUGUGGGCACACACUGUCACGCAUGGACACACACACAUGCGGGUGCAUACAGCAGACACGAGUAUGCUCAGUUAUGGGUGUGGGCACACACUGUCACGCAUGGACACACACACAUGCGGGUGAACAUACUGUGACAGCCUCCUGGGAUUCUGUCUGUUCAGGCCUUUCUCCAGUGGUGGGGGACCCCGUGCUGACCCUACUCCCCCCAACACACACACAGGAGCCUUGACCCUGCCUGGUGACCCCGAUCUGGAGGCCCCGCAGCAGAGGGGGCCAUUCUGAUGGGUUCUCAGGGCUCCAGGAAGAGAGGGUUUAAUCUUCAGUUCCUGGUGAGGGGAACAGGCCAAGCAGGGAGCCAGAGAGGAGUGAGGCGGCCUGUGCUUGGGGGUGGGGUGGGGUGUGACAGUCCAAAUGCAGUCUGACCAUCAGGCAGAGUGAUUCAGCACUUUCUACAGGAGCUGAGGAGCCCCAGAGGCUGACUUGAGUGUGGGCUGCAGGUUCUGAUCCCCAGUGGAUUCCCUGGGAGUGAGAAGCAGGCAUUGUCCACAGGGUCACCUCAGAAAUGCAGACCCACACCCUGACCACUCCGGACUGGUUCUGUCGCCCUCCCUGGCUCAGGGCCAGGGCCAGGGCCAUGUGCAGAGGGAGCAUCAGGUCGCGGAGUCUGUGCAGGUGCCUCGAACAGAUCUCCUUCCCCACUCACCAGCACGUGGCCUUGGGCAAUUACGGAGCCUCCACAUGCUCAGUCCACACACUGGGGGCAGUAAGAGACCUCCCUCAGAGGGCUGUCCACGGGUGUCCAAGAAGAACCCGAAGGCGUUCAGCUAACCGUUCGCUUGCUGUUCACUGUGUCCCUGGACCAACUGCAUCCCACACCAAGGAGGCAGGAUCGGUGUAAGCAGGGGUGGGGCAUUGGGUGUGGAUGUGAGCACCGUAACCCUGGUCCAAGCAUCUUACACAAAGCAGCCUGGGCGCUCAGCCCUUGCUUAGGCCAGCCACGGGCACAGGGACGAGUGUUUCAGUUUACAGAAUCUGCAGGCAACCUUGAGGGCUGUUUUGUGGAGCUGUGCCUGUGGGCCCGGUUGUAUAUGUGAGCACCUGCCCCCGGCCCUCAGGCUUGGUUAGACCCAGUCGGCUGCAUUCCCUUAUUAGAACCUUCUUCAGGUUUCAUUGAGUUCAGGAGUGCCAAGUGCUUGGAGCAGCUGCUGGCACACAGCAAGCACUCAAUAAAUGUUAGCACUCCGCAUCCCCUCUAUUGGUUCCACAAGUACUUCUUUGAGCAGCUCCUCUGCCACAGCUACGGUGGUGCCAAAGAGGCAGUUUGGCCUCUAAUCUCUAGGAACUCCCAGCCUGGCCAGGGAGACAGACCUGGGGAUGAAUCUGACUCUCUCCCUCUUUUCAGGGAGCUCCCAGCCUGGUCAGACAGAUCUGGGGAACAGGGGACCAUGGUGGGGCCGAGGGCUGGAGGAAGGAGACAGGGACAGGCUGCCGCACCACAGAGCCACCUCCAGGGCCCCAGAUCUGGGUGGGGAGGAGGCUGUUGGGGACCCAUGUGUCCACGUCUCUACGAGGUCCAGGAGAACCCAGGAGAAGGAGGGGUUGACAAGGGAGGACUAGAACCCUAAGGGAUCUAAGCAGGCCAGGCAGAGUGUAGAGCAGCCUGGUCCAUGCAGGCUGUGCCCAUGGUCUCCCCUACCCAGCCCUCCCUGUUCCCAGCACUCGGAGGAUGCCCUCCCACUCCUGCAGGCAGGGGGGCUGGAUAAGAAGACCAAGGGCCUGUCCAGAGCCACAGGGCAGUGGGGGAGGAGGGGAGGUGUAGGACCUGUGGAAGGUCAAGGGGCGGGGACAAGUAAAGAGGCAGGUGGUGGAGUGGCCUCUCCCUGGUCACACCCUGCGCAGGUGCUACAGGUCUGGGUGCUCAGGUUGCAGCACUGACAAGUGAGACCUGGUUGAGCUGUGAGUGUGGUUUGGCCACUGUCCCCAAGGGGCUCAGGUCGACUCCAACACAUUCCAUUACCACCAGGCCCCUCCCAGCUCCUCUGGGCCUCCCACAUCCACCAGUGAGCUCACAGUCAGUCCCCAGCACAAAGAAGUCUCCGCCUACCUUUCUCUGCAGGUGUGUUCCACACAUGACCUCUGGCCCAGUCCCUGAGGCCUGCAUGGACACCAAGCACCCUGUACACGGAGCCUGAUAGCACAUAGCACACACACAUGUCACAACCAUACAUACAUGCAGACCCUUGUACAAACCAGUACAACACAUCACAAUCACAGCUACACAACAGCACAUUCACACAGACCCCACACACCAACCAGUACAACACACAAUCGCACACACACACACAGGAUACUUUUCCAGAGUUUACUUUGAGGCACAAACAAUUAAAAAGUAAAAUAUGAGGAAGGACCUGAGGUUUAAGAGAAUGGGCGCCGCUCCCUUCCAUGCCCUUCCCCGGCUUUCCCCGGUGGGUUUUGUGGCAUUUGGGAAGUUGACCCCAACCUUGGGCUUAUCUGAGCCCAGCCAGCUUCUUGCUGUGUGGGCUGGCUGUGCCAGAUGCCUUCCCCCCCUGACACCCCUUCCACGGGGUGCCGUAGUCUCGGGCUGGGACCCCCCCAAGCCCUAUUGCCCUUGGCAGAUGUGGGAACCCCUGCAGGCCCCGCUGUUCAGGGGCCACGGGGGGAACAUCCCUGCAGUGUGUCCCGCCUCCGGACCGCUGGAGUCAAGGUCAGGGUCAGCCUUGCUGCACAAUUCCGUGAGCCAGGCCCUUGUCCUGUAGUGAGUCACCAAGUCCCUCCAGGAACUCAGUGAGGCCGGGGCUGGCAGUACGUCCAUUUCACAGAUGAGGAUCUGGGACUCCGAGAAGUGGAUCACACCAGCCCGGCGGAGCUCUGGCUCAGGUCAGUUGGCUGAAUCUGUGCCCUUAACCUAGGCUGAACCACACUGCCUGCUGCCCUGAGCCUCAUGACAGCCAGCACGGGCUGGUCUCAGCCUGCACCUGCUGUGGGUGAGCUGGGUUCUCGCCCACCUGACCCAGCUACUUCACCGCUUGUGCCUCAGUUGCCUCUUCUGCCAGACGAGGAGGACGGGAACACUCACUGUGCAUUGUGGUAACAUUAAAGAGUUAACCAUGUACACCCCGGCUGCUAUGAUGAACUUCCUCCAACAGCCGAACAAACAUCGACUCCAAGACCUCCC